UGUCACGUGCUUGUCCAAGAGAGCCAAAAAUAUCUCAUUCGUGCUAUUUAUAUCAACAGAACUACGUCAUUGUGUAUAUGUUCCUUCAGGAACACGAAUUAAGAAUCUCAACUCAUAUUUGAUCAGAAUGAAAAACAGCUGCCAAGACUUCGAGGAACCCCACUACUCUUCGAUACAGUCAGUUUGCUCUCACACCGGAACCGGAAGUGACGACGAAUUUACUGGAACACAAUUUCAGGACAGAAAACUACGUAGAACUACGUCAUCUACUUCAGAUGACUCAAAUCACCAACAUGUUGACAUGCAAGUCAUGUGCAGGAGUAUUCGAACAUUAAAUGUGUCCCACGGAAGACAUUUUAUGCAGCCAGUCACCACGGAUACGUCAUUUCCGGAAAUUGCUUUUGGUCACAGAGAUUGUUUAUGUUGUAGUCGUGAGCGGAAGUGGGUAUGCUGGAGGAUGGAGUUCAACAGAAAGAUGACGGAUUCUAUUCUGAAUGGUGUUAAUAACAUUAGAGGGUUGACGGCGCGGGAAAUCCCCGAUCACCCAGCUCGAGGAGGUGACGUCACCGCAGACACAGAAGAGUUCCUUACACUUGCUGCUGACAGUAGUUGUCUCCCUUCACAUCACUACGUCAUGUUCGGAAUCCCGAGGGCUCGACUACACGGCCGUUUACGUCAUUAGCACGGACAAUUCGAUUGUGUGAUAUUUGAACAUAGACCUGUGCGCAUUACAUUUUUUUUAUAAAUUAUCUAAGGAAACGUUAAUUUAAUUGUAUAUUUUAAAAUAGAGAGAAAUCUGGUAAUAUGAACUCUUGUGAACUAGAUACAUUGUAUAACAGUCACAAAAAUUGAAGGAACUUUAAUUUGUUUGUGCGUACGGACGAGACAUGAUUUGUGUACUGGUGCUACACGGAUGACAUCAAAAGAGACAUUUUUAUCUUGUCAUCUUUACAGAAUAAUGUUUUCAAAAAUCAACACGUAUACAAGUGGACAGAUUGUGUUUAUUUUAUAUAAAGUGUACUGGUGCUACACGGAUGACAUCAAAAGAGACAUUUUUAUUUUGUCAUUUUUACGGAAUAAUAUUUUCAAAAAUUAACACGUAUACAAGAUGACAAGUUGUGUUUAUUUUAUAUAAAGUAAAUUGCACGUAUGGAUGAUAACUAUGUUGUUUGUGAACGUAAGGCAACGUUUUGAAUGAAAUGUUCUACCAUGACACAAUA